CCUGUGUCUCCCUCACUUUCUUCUGCCACACGAUCUAUUGUUUGCUCCCUCAUCGCAGUCCUUGGGUUGAUAUCCCUUCACCCUCAUUCGAUUCCCAUAAAGCGCAAAUUAGCCCCCAAUGACAACCUUUCGCCAUCCCGCCGCACCAGUAAAAGCGCGAUUAGAUCGCCCCAUUGUUUAUGAAGCAAUCAAGGAUCAUCAUUUACCCAGAAGAGGAGUCGAAAAACUGCGACAUAUCAGAGAAGUGGAUCGUGGCAAUGUGAACAAGCAUGUUUCAGCUGCUAAAGAUACAGGCAAGACCGUACAUGCCGCACCUAAAAGGAAUGUUGGAGCUUUUAUGAACUACCGUCGCAAUCCACAACCAUCGGGAUCUCCUAAGCUUCUACGUGUCAUGGAAGGAUCAUGUCCUUACAGGCAAGAAACCAAGCCUAUCGUACAGCUCGGAAGUGGCACUUCAUUGGUGAGCAAUAAGAAGAACCACAAGGGGCUCAGUGUAAGCAGAAAGGCAAGGCUAUACAUCCGUUCAUUGAGCCAUAAGAUCGCAAGAGUGCGAUGGAUGAAGGUGGAGUUUGAGGACUUGCUCCUCCUCAUUUCAUACUCGAUGUUUGCUGCUUCUGGCAUCCUUGCCCUUGUUGCUAUUUCCAUGUUUUUCUAUGAUGCUCAGAUAUCUUUGAAAUCAAGGAUCUAAAGCUUUAGUCAGCUGUUGUUUAUUGUGUACUUGUGUGUUCAUUACCAUUCUUUCAAAUAAAGGAUAUUAUAUCUCAUA